AUGUCGACGACGACCGGAACGCGGUCUUCAGUCAACCCAGACGAGAUAGCCCUCUUCUCUCGCCUGUCCUCGCAUUGGUGGGACGAGCGUGGCGAGUUUCAGAUGCUGCAUAAAAUGAACCCCAUCAGAGUUCAGUUCAUUCGCGAGAAACUGCUUGAGAUGAGGAGAGAGGAUGGCGAGGACCUCGCAGGCGAGAAUAGGGUGCUAGAAGGACUCAACGUACUAGACGUGGGAUGUGGAGGUGGCCUUCUUUGUGAGAGCCUCAGCAGACUGGGCGCAAACACGCUGGGCAUUGACGCUUCUGCAUCGAACAUUGGCAUCGCAUCCUUGCAUGCGUCGUCCGAUCCUUCCCUCAACCUUUUGUCCUCCGUUUCCUCGUCCACUUUACCGUCGCCGCCGGGCAAAGGCAAGGGCACCCUGACGUACGAGCAUACGUCUGCGGAGGACGUGCUUGCUACUCGUGGUCCGAAGCAGUUUGACGUUGUCUGCUCUAUGGAGGUCCUCGAGCACGUCGACAACCCACGCGUAUUCCUGCGCAACUGCGCUAACCUAGUCAAGCCUGGUGGACAUCUCUUCCUCUCGACGAUCUCGCGCACACCGCUCGCAUACCUACUCACUAUCUUCGCUGCGGAGGAUGUCCUACGCCUCGUCACGCCCGGCACGCACACCUACUCCAAGUUCGUCCGGCCAGAGGAGCUCACGCAGUUCUUCUGCGAGCACCGCUCCAGCCCAGAGGAAACGCCAUGGAUCUCCCGUCUGUAUGGGGGCCUGCCUACGCGUACGGAGGCGGAGACGCGUGGGAUGAUAUACGUGCCGUGGAAGAGUGAAUGGGCGCUGGUCCCCCGCGGCGCCGUGGGCGCAAGUUGGGGAGAGGGGUGCAACUACCUCUUCUGGGUUCGGAGACCCCUAGAGUGA